UUUCUUUUUUUUUUUUUUUUUACUCUAUGACUUUUGUUAUACAUUUUAAGUUUUAUUUAGAGUAUUAACAUGAAAAUAGAGUACACUGCCUUUUUAGUCCCUAACGUUUAAUUAAAAUUGGCACUUUAGUCUAAAUAUUUUUUUUCUUGUCAUUUUAGUCCAAAAAGUUCGGUUUUGUGCCAUUUUAGUCCUUGGCUUUAUCAUUUUUUUUUUUUUGUCAUUUUCAUCGACCACCACUACCACCUCCCACCACCACCCCAUUACAACCUUCUAUCAUCGCCAUCACCUGCCUGCACCGUCACCACCCACCCUCUUUAGCGCCACCUUUGGAGCGGUGGUUAAUGUCUUGAGCAGCUAAUGUGUACAUGGGCCCCUGCUAGGUACACUUAAUCUAAGAGAAUUUAAAACAUAGUGAUAUUUAAAGUCCAGUAAUUAAAACACAGUGAUAUUUAAAAGUCGAUGAAACUUUUUAAUCAUACUCGGCAUUCCUAUUUUGACAUUUUGACCACUCGUUUUAUAUGUGGAGGAAAAUAGAUUAACAGUCAAUUGUCAAAUUCAAUUUCUAUACAUGGACUUGCACAUGGUAUAAAAGGCCAAAAGAAAGCACGUUAGUCUGUCCAAACCAAUUCAUUCUUCUUGGCUUUACUUUGAGCCUUGCUGAACAUGGUGACCAAUGGAAGCGUUAGCACUCUCCAGAGCCGGAGAAUGAUAUUGUUUCCGCUACCUUUCCAGGGUCAUAUCAAUCCCAUGCUUCAGCUAGCAAAUAUGCUUCACACCCGCGGUUUUAACAUUACCGUUAUACACGCUGAAUACAACUCUCCUAAUCCUUCCAACUAUCCUCACUUCACCUUUAUCCCCAUCAAGGACCGCUUUUCCGAGAUCGCUGACCAGUUGCCUACGAACCCGGAUGCUAGCUACUUUCUCAACUACCUAAAUAAAAGCUGUGAACAACCAUUUAGGGAUUGUCUGGCUGGGCUGUUGGCUGAACCCGGUGAAGAAAGGUUUGCUUGUGUGAUCACAGAUGCGGCUUUCUACUUCACACAGGCUGUGGCGGAUGACCUGAAGCUACCUCGGAUAGUUCUUCGGACAAGCUGUAUUGGUUGCGUCAUUACGUAUGACGCUUUACCCUUUUACUCCAAAAAGGCUUGCUUUAAACUUACAAAACAAGAUCCAGAUUAUGAAGCAUCAGUUCCGGAAUAUCCACUUUUGAAAUUUAAAGACAUAGCAAAGAUCACAAUCAACCCACAAGGUACGGGGGACUUUGCCACCAACAUGCUUAGCCAAAUGAGAGCAUCAUCUGGAAUCAUAUGGAACACCUUCAAAGAACUCGAAGAAUCUGAUCUAGAAACUCUCUCCCGAGAUUUUCCGGUUCCAAGCUUCACAUUAGGUCCAUUCCACAAGUAUUUCCCAGCGUCUUCGAGCAGCUUGAUCGAACAAGACCGAACUAUUCUCUCAUGGCUAGACAAACAACCUCCCAAGUCAGUAGUGUAUGUUAGUUUUGGAAGUGUUGCACAUAUAACCGAGUCAGAAUUUCAAGAAGUGGCACAUGGGUUGGUUAAUACUGGUUUGCCGUUUUUGUGGGUGGUUCGACCAGGAAUAGUUAUUGGUUCUGAAUGGCUGGAGGCAUUGCCCGAAAAAUUCCUAGAAAGAAUGGGCGAGAGGGGACGCAUAGUGAAAUGGUCUCCUCAACAAGAAGUACUAGCUCAUCCGGCAACAGGGUGUUUUUGGACUCAUAAUGGAUGGAAUUCAACAUUGGAGAGCAUAUGUGAAGGAGUUCCCAUGAUUUGUUCUCCAUGUUUUGUCGACCAACCGAUAAAUGCAAGAUACGUGAGUGACGUUUGGAAGAUUGGCGUUAUGUUGGAGGAUGGGUUUGAAAGGGUGGGAAUUGAGAUGGCGAUUAAACGAGUAAUGAUGGAUAAAGAAGGAGAAGAAAUGUGUGAAAGAGUAACUUCUCUUAAGGAGAAGGUAAACCUCUCCCUUGCCGAAGGUGGCUCAUCUUGUCGGUCAUUAAACAACUUAGUCGAUUACAUUUCGUCGUUGUGAGUAAAAAGUAAAAAAACAAGUUGCACCACUCCAUACAUUCAGGUAAAAAGGCACAAGAACUAGUUAUACCAUGUAAUACUUUGUUUUUCAUUUAGUGAAGAGAGCUGUAAAUGAGAGACUUGUAUCUUCAAAUGAUUUCAUUUUCAAAUAAUAAACCUCUAGUGACUUGCUUCA